AUGUCAGCUGCACCAUCUCCUCCACACGACUUUGAGCUUGAUCUUGAGCUAGACUUUGUUCCUAUAGAUCAGCCCGAUGUUGCACCUGCUGAUCCUGAGCCUUUACCUGAUCAUGACUCUAUUCUUUUUGGCACACCAGACAUUGCACCCCUCAUACCUGAUCCAGUUCCUGCACCCGUUGACCCUCCUAUUGUUGAGACACUUAUUCCUCCACCUGCACUCGCACCCGCUGAAGUCGCUCCUUUUCACCCUGUGGAGUCUGAUGUUCAUCGUGUUGACUUACCUAUUGUUUUCUUGCAGGACAUACCCGCACCCCGUCCAGGGGAGGGCACUUCAGGCCAGCAGCCUAGUCAUGACCCUCAUGUUUCAGUAGCUUUUCCACACAUUCCCCGGUCUGCACCUUUUACUCCUAUUACUUCUUCACCACUGGAUGAGCCAUUUCGAUGGUUCCCACCGUACACUAUGCCGAUUUCGGAUCCCUACCAUCCCUCGCACUUUGCUGGUCAUACACGGGAUGAGUUACUUUAUCACUUCAGCUUCAGUUUGAGAUCAUGA